AUGUCGAUUGAUCUACAUAUGGCUUAUAUCUAUACCAUCACUAAUGGCCAUCCCUACAAACCUCUAUACAAUUGUUCAAGCAAAACACUGGAAGAAUGGUAUGCGACUGGGUCAGUACAAUGGCCAUUAGGACUUUACUUUCUCAUAACGGGAAUAAUUUUGGAGAUGCUUUACCUGCCUUGCCUUGCUUCAAUGUGGAAACUAAAACUGCUUAGCAGUUCAUGUUACAAAAUUAUGUUUUUUCUUGGUAUUCUGGAUAUGUCCUCCCUUUUUGUAAACUCUAUAAUGACUGGCUAUCUCGCUAUAAGAGGAGCUGUAUUUUGCACUAAUCCAGUGAUGUUGCUAACAUUGGGUGCAUUCGGAUGUGGUGAGUGA